AUGGCGAGAUUUGCCGCCCUGGCCUUUGACCUGGUCAGCGAUGUUUGUCGAAAUUCCAAGAUACUCAGCAGAGUUAUGAUUCCAGCAAUCCAAGCUUGCAUGUUGAACGGUGUCGUUACCAACAACAGCGGCCAGGACGAGAACAAGUUCACUGCCUCUGUUGAUAUCUCGAUCAGAAUAUUGCUCAGCUGGUUUCGCCAGCUGAAAGUUAACAAGAAGAAACGGGAAGCCGCUUUCAGGCGGCUUUCUGAGGCAGAGAAAGCCAAAGUCACAAUGGUCAUGGAGAAGGUCGAGCUGAAUGACGAGGAGGCUGAAGAGGCUGCCAAGGACGAAGGUGGCUCUGACUCCGAUGUGGACCUGACCUUUAUGGUUUCUCUUGAUUCCCUGUGUACGACAAACACAGCAGUGGAUCAUAACUCGAAGACCUCUGUCGAGAUCUUCGCGACCGAGGAGAGUUCUGGAUUGCACCGAAUUUUCGACAAUGUCCUCAAGUCUCCUUCCACUCCUCCUCCUUCCGGUGGUGCUCCUUCCGGUUCUGCUCCUUGCGGUUCGGAUCCUUGCGGUUCGGCUCCUUCCGGUGCUGCUUCUUCCGGUGCUGCUGCGGCAGAGCAGCCGGCCUGCAUUCACGGAGACCAAGACAGCUUCAGGAUCGAAGCCGCCAAGGCCAAGGCCAAGGCCAAGGCCAAGGGUAAAGCCCAGGCGACGGCCGUGGUUAAAAAGAAACUCAAGUCGAAGGCGGUUCAGAAGAAACCGGCGGCUGCGGUUGCAAAGGCCGUGCCUUCCGAACCGGCGGCGGCGGUUGCAAAGGCCGUGCCUUCCGAAGCGGCGGCGGCGGUGGCAAAGGCCGUGCCCGGUCAGGCCGAGCAAAUCUUUACUGCUCCGGAUGGUGCUGAGUAUAUGUUCAUGAUGUACGACAGAGGGGUUCCGACUGAGAGGAUUGCCAUCUGUGAGUGGCUCGGCACGAAGAGGGGCUGUCAGCUUCUGCAGGUGUCCUCGAAGGGCCUGGCUUCAGAAGCGAGGGCAGCGAUUGCUCGGGAGCUCAUGGACAUGCUGGUUGCUGGCAAAUCCCUGCAAGAUGUGAUAGCCCGGAAGUUGGAGCUACUUUCGGCCAAGACAGCACCCAAAGCCAAGGCCAAGGCCGACCCCAAGGCGAAGGCCGACCCCAAGAAGAAGACCAACCCCAAAGACAACAAGGCCGACCCCAAGAAGAAGACCGAGCCCAAAGACAACAAGGCCAACCCCAAAGCGAAGGCCGAGCCCAAAGACAACAAGGCCAACCCCAAAGCGAAGGCCGACCCCAAGGCAAAGGCCGACCCGAAGCCAAAGGCCUUCACAAGGAAGCGAAGCAUGGCAGAGGCCUUGACCGGCGACUGGAUCAAUGGGCUUGAGCCUGAGGAGUCCGGCGAGACUCCAGCAGAAGAGCCGGAGGAAAGCCAAGCUGGGCCGGGUCGACGAGACCGCAGCAAGCAGUUCAAGUUCAACGUGUUGCUCGCAGCAGGAGCAGUGCCAGAGAAAAUGAAGACGGAGUGGGAGCCUUUGAGUGCCGGCGGCAACGGCAAGAGGAAGAACGCAGUGAGUCGUGACCCCGAGACAGGGAAGCUUGCCCUCACCUGCGACACCGCAGAAGUGGCGGGGGAAAGCAGUCUGGAGAAGAAGCAGGCCACUGGGUGGGGAGACAAAGGAUUGCCGAGAACGCUCUUUAAAGGGCGCUUUGGGUUGUCGGAUGAGCAGCUCAGGGCCGCGAUCUUGAAUGAUGAAGUCUCCGUUGUCACCCAAGACAACGUGGUGUUCUGUCAAUGGCGAACCUUGAAGUCCACUUCGAUGGACGAGCGAAAGAACGUGGCAGCGAUCAAGUCCGAGCCUGUGGAAAGGCCUGAGCCGACAGAGGAGGACCUCAGGAACGCCGCUGGCUCAUCGGCUGCUCCGCCGCCCGCGGCGAUGCCAGCCAUCGAGGACAAGAAGGAGGAGCCUGCCGUGCCAGCGGCCUUGUCAGAGGCCGAGUGGUCGAAAGCGGACGGGCUCCUAAAGAAGGCUGAAAGCGCUGUCGAGAAGCUCAAGAAGGUCAACCUUGCUUGUGCGGUGCAGGCGACCAGGACGGAUGCCGGCUUCCCAGGCUUCGACGCCGGCUCCGUCUUGUGCUACUGUGGCGCCACCGCCGCCACCACCCGCGCCGCUUCCAGCGCUGGACGUGCGCCGAAGCCAGAACGUGCAGCCUGGCAGGCGGAGGGUCUUCGGUGCAGCUGCUUGCACCUCGAGCUGCCUGCUAUCCAGGUUGUAUGCCGUCGAUUCUUCUGGCAGAGCGAUGUGGCUGUAAGCCGCUCGACGACUUAUGCACGGCAGCAGGGCGGUCUCGGGAUUGGAGACGUGCUGGUUGUUGUCUGGUUCGAAGCUUUGGGCUGCUGGGGUUGCGAAUUUGUGACCAAGUGA